UCGAGUGGAGGAAAAUGAUUCCUCCAUUUACUUAUACGCACGGGUGCUGUACCGUACGGAAGGUUGGUCCCAAGUGUCCAGUACUGUACUCGUACCGUAUGAUACGGAAUCAUAUUAUCCUCGCUGUGGUGCCAUAUCUCAGUUUGGUUAUGGUGUCACACCAUACCCUUGUUAACUCAGUAAGUAUCAUAAUUUACGGUAGUACUGGUGUCUAAUUCUACCUAUCAUAUCAUACCAAAGCUUUUUUUUUUACCCACCCGAUACCUACAAAGGAGGCGUAAAUGGUUGGUCCUCUUUCACCAUGGGGCAGGGCGGGGUGGGUGGGGGUUUUGCCUGCUACUGCUAUAAUACUAUCAUAUACUCACGGCGCGCCGUAUCCAUCCAAGUCUACCCCGCCAACCCAAUCUUGACCCCGCCAAACCAAUUUCAAUCCUCACCAACCUCAACCUCAACCUCAAUCACAACUUCAUCUUCAACUUUAACUCCCACCCCAAUUCACCACCACCACCUCCCCUCCCCCCCAAAGGCAAGAGUGGAAAAAGGAAAAGGACGGGAAAAAAAGAAAUGGCGCCAAAACCCAUCAUUGCUCCCUCAAUCCUCGCCUCUGACUUCGGCAACCUCGCGCACGAGUGUUCCCGGAUCAUCAAAUCGGAGGGUGCAGACUGGCUACACAUCGACAUAAUGGAUGGGCACUUUGUCCCGAACAUCACCAUCGGCGCGCCCGUGGUAACCUGCAUCCGCCACAGCGUUGGCAAAAGCGAGGAUUGGGCGAAAGGUGUUUUUGACUGCCAUAUGAUGGUUGCUGAGGUACUCUCUAUUUCCUCCCUCCCCACAAGCGGAGAUGUGCUAAUGGAGUGUGGCGCAUAGCCGCAAAAAUGGCUCCAGGACUUCAAAGAUGCUGGGUGCGAUCUUUACUGCUUCCACUACGAAGCGGCGGAGACGUCGAAGGAUCCCAAGACCCCGUCCACCGAAUUGAUCAGGAAUGUUCAUGCGUUGGGGUUGAAGGCGGGCGUUGCGAUUAAGCCUGGUACAGAGGUUGAUGUUUUGUAUCCGCUUUUGGACGGGAGUGGGGAGAAGCCUGAUGUUCGUUUCCCCCCUAUAUGUCUAUAUGUCUAUCAUCCUUUGGACUAACCCGAGUUAUACAGAUGGUACUAGUAAUGACGGUAGAACCGGGCUUCGGAGGACAAAAGUUCCGUCCCGAGUGCAUGCCUAAGGUAGAGGCUCUCAGGAAGAAAUAUCCGGAGUUGGAUAUCGAGGUUGAUGGCGGGUUGGGAUUGGGAACUAUUGACCAGGCAGCGGAAGCCGGCGCCAAUGUGAUUGUUGCGGGGACGGCAGUGUUUGGGGCGCAGAAUCCUAAGGAGGUUAUUGAGAAGCUCAGGGAGACAGUGCAGAGGAAUUUGUCCAAGUGAAAAGAAAAGAGGAGGGUGUUGGAGUUUUCUAUUAUUUUAUCCUUUCCCCUUUCUCCUUCCUUCCUUCCGCUUUCUUCACUUUUUGCAAAGAUGUCUUCUUUUGGACGGGGUGCGCUCCCCCACACAGGUUGAGUUUAGAUGCCAGCUGGUUGGCUUUUAGGAAUGGCUUCUAAAUUAUUGAUCGAACUUUUGAGGUGAAUUAUGGACUGUACAAUAGAAGGUUGGGGAAAUAUAUAUAAAAUAAAGGAUGGCGCUAGGAUGUAGAAAGGGGUGUGGCCGGGGGUUAGGCGUUUAUCGCUUCCUGACCCUCGCCCAUUUGUUCCUCUUCACCAUCCCACCUUUACCCAUCCUAGCCCUCUGUAACUCCAACUCUCGCUCAGCUUGUUUCAACUCGGCCUCCCGAUGCUUGCGAGCCUCUAAUUCCCGUUCCUUCCCUUCCCUCGCUCUCUGCAAUUUCCUCUUCGCAAGUGCUUCCUCCUUUCUCCUUGCCUUCUCCGCCUCAAUAUCCCCAGCGCUCUUCCUCCUCUUCCUCAGCCCCUCCCCAGCAGCCUUCUUUUUAGCCUCAAUAUCCUCAACUUGCUCCUUCCUCAUCCUAUUAAACCUCCUCUCGACCAUCUCCUUUGUAGUCCCAAAAUAAACCUCGGGCCGAAACCCCCUCGCCUCUUCUUCUCCAUCCACAAAGACCACAUGCUUCCCUCCCCCUCCCGUGCCUGCAUCCCCACCCUUAUCCUUCAACACCAAUCUCUCCCCCAACCUCUCAAUCUUCUUCC